AUGGUCUGGGGCCGCCAACAUGAACCUCAGUCUCCCCCGCAGGAAGUGUUGGACAAGCCUGUAGUCCGAGAGAAGCUCCCUGCAGAAUUGCAACGACUGGUGGAUCGUGAGGAGGAAUAUGAGGACCUCUACUCCCAAUACACCUCGAUUGAUGGCAGCUCGGUCAACUCUACAGAAACACCGUUCCGCUAUGCUGCAUACGCCAAUCGUAUCCGCACCAUUCUUCUGUCUGCCCAUCGCUAUGUCGCCUACACCUCAGACAUCGGCGAGUCCUUCCGUCCGAUCGCGCACCCAUGGCUCGUGCGCUCUGCCUAUGCUAUAUCCUGGUCAUACCUACUUGGCGAUGUCGGCCACGAAGGCUACAAGGCCUAUAUCCGGAACUGGAACGCACUAGCUCCUACAGGCGAGACAUACAAGGAUGCUACACAGCCUUCGCAGAACCAGAUUCUCAAGGGCAUGGUGACGGGAAACAUGACGAUUGGCAGCUCAGCCGAUUCCAAGGAUGAGCAACCAGACUGGCCGACUCCCGAAAUCCCGCUUGCGGAGGACUAUCGUAUGGUCAUGGCUAAGCGUGCGGUUUUCCAGAGUAUCGCAAGUAUGGGAUUGCCCGCAUUCACAAUCCACAGUGUCGUCCGCUAUUCUGGGAGGAUGGUGAAGGAUGUCAAGAUUGCAUUUAUCCGUACAUGGACGCCGGUCGGGCUUGGUCUCGCAGUUGUCCCCUUCCUUCCGUAUAUCUUCGAUCAUCCAGUUGACGAGGCUGUUGAGUGGGUCUUCCGCACAGGGCUUCGUGCUUACGGCGGCGAAGCAGCCGUCCGCCCACUGCCAGGCAAGAGCCUCCCUCCCCGGGAAGAAGAAGAAGUCCGUGCUGCUGCUGCGGCAAAUAUCUCCUGGGACGAGUACAAGGCUGAGCGGGAGCGAGCGCGUGAUCUCCGUCGCCAGACUGGCAGUGGUGGGAUUGCGUCACUGACGAGCUGGUUUGGAAAGUCUGAAUCGGAGUCGGAUAAGAAGAAGAAGGAAUGA